AUGAAAUCGCAAGCACAAGAUAUACUUGAUGGCGAUGCCGCAGAACUUGAUCUAUUAGUUUCACAAAUGAAAGAUUUAAUGGUUGGAUAUGUAAAUGAAAGUCGAAAGCCAGGAGCAUUAGUAGUAGAGUAUAAACUACCGGAAGAAUUAAAACCAUUAAUAGAUCUAGAUCUACCAUAUACUGGGAUUGGUAUUCCUGGAUUAAUGCCAAUGUUACGGAAUAUAUUACGUUAUAGUGUUAAUACAUGGAAUCCAGGGUUCAUGGAUAAAUUGUACGCAGGAACCAAUCCUGUUGGGAUUGUAACCGAUAUGUUAAUAUCAUUAUUAAAUGCGAAUUCACAUGUUUACCAUGUAUCUCCAGUGUUGACACUAAUGGAAGAUUGUGUUUCGGAGAAAUUAGCAAAAUUGUUAGGAAUGGGCGAGAGAUCAGGAGGAAUAACAUGUCCAGGAGGAGCAUUUUCAAAUCAACUCGCAAUGUUAACGGCAAGAAAUUAUAUGUUUCCAGAGAUUAAAACUAAAGGGUAUUGUACUUUCGGCAAGAAGCUUACGGUAUUUACUUCGAGUUCUGGACAUUAUUCCGUUGAGAAAACUGGUAUGGCACUAGGAUUAGGAUUAGACAACAUAAUUAAAGUUCCUUGUGAUGAUCAGGGAAGAAUGCGUCCAGAUGAAUUAGAACAAUUAAUUAUACAGUCAUUGGGAAGAAAAGAAACCCCAUUUUUUAUUAAUGCUACUGCUGGUACGACCGUUUUGGGAGCCUUCGAUCCACUAAAGGAAAUUGGGAAAAUUGCCAAGCGAUACAAGCUCUGGUUUCACGUUGAUGGAUCAUGGGGUGGGAGUCUUAUAUUUUCCGACAAACAUAAGCACAAGAUUGAAGGUUCAUCUUUGGCUGAUACUUUUGUGCUGAAUCCACAUAAAUUACUCGGAACACCAUUACAAUGUUCAUUCAUAUUAGCGUCAGAUCGACAAAUAUUUAAGCAAACAAAUUCACUAGGAGCACAAUAUUUAUUUCAUGACGAUUCUAAGUAUGAUUUAGGAGAUAGUACAGUUGGAUGUGGCAGAAAGCCUGAUGCAAUAAAAUUAUUUAUAGGAUGGAAAAUAUAUGGUAUAUCAGGAUAUAAAAAAAGGAUAGAGCAUGCAUUUAAAAUGGCUAGAUAUUUGACUAAUUUAGUGAAAAAUAAUAAUAAGUUUAAAAUGGUAUUAGAAGAUCCACCAAAUUUACAAAUAUGUUUUUGGUAUAUUCCAAAGGGGAUGAAAAUCUUAGAUCGAGAAGAAAAAGAAACCAAAAAAUAUCAAACUUGGAAAGAACAAAUGACUUUAGUAACCAAAGAAAUUCACAGAAGGUUGCGGGAACGCGGUAGAUUUUUAUUUGAUUAUUCUCCUUUAGAAUUGAAUGGAAAAGAAUUACCUAUAUUUUUUAGAGUAGUGAUAAAUGCACCUUCAAUUAAUGAACAUUAUUUGGAUGAAAUGGUUAGAGAAGUUGAAAGAGCGGGUGAAGAUGUAUUGGAAUAUUUGGAAGAGAAUAAAAUUCUUCAAGAUGGUUUAAGAUCUGAGAAUCAUCAUAUAAAUGGAAAUUAUAACGUAAAUGGAAACCAUAGCGUAAAUGGAAAUCAUAGCGUAAAUGGAAAUCAUAGCGUGAAUGGAAAUGGAUAUAUCAAUCACAAUGGGUUGAAAAAUUGGAAUAGCUAA